AUGUCCCUCCCCCAGCUGCUGACCGGCAAAGUGGCCGCCAUCACCGGCGGUCUCUCAGGAAUCGGCCGCGCAAUUGCACUGGAAUACCUCCGGCACGGCGCAUACGUCGCCGUAAACCACCUCGGCGGCACAGGCGAUGAGCCCCUUGUGGCGGCACUAAAGAAAGACGUCGCAAACCUCCUCACAUCCACCAAGCAAGAAACCUCAGGAGACCGAUUCAUCAUCGUAUCCGGCGACAUCUCCAAACCCGAAACUGGCACCGAGUUUAUCCAGAAGACAGUGCAGGCAUUCGGGAGACUCGAUGUCUUUGUUAGCAAUGCUGGUGUUUGUCGGUUUGAGGAGUUUCUUGACGUCACACCAACCCUCCUCAACCACACCAUAACAACCAACCUCACAGGCGCUUUCUAUGCCGUGCAAGCCGCCGCACGCCAAAUGGCCUACUCACAAUCACCCCCCGGCGGCUCUAUAAUCGGCAUCUCGUCAAUCUCCGCAUUAGUCGGGGGCGGGCAACAAACGCACUACACGCCCACGAAGGCCGGCGUGCUCUCUCUCAUGCAGUCAACGGCCGUUGCGCUGGGGAAGUACGGCAUCCGGUGUAAUGCGCUGCUGCCUGGGACCAUCCGGACGCAGCUGAAUGACGAGGAUAUGAGUGAUCCAGUGAAGAGGGAGUACAUGGAGGGAAGAAUUCCGUUGGGGAGAUUGGGCCAGCCGCCGGAUCUGGCAGGGCCGGCAGUGUUUUUGGCUUGUGAGGGGUUGAGUGGUUAUGUGACUGGAGCGCAGAUUUUAGUUGAUGGGGGAUUGUUUGUGAAUCUUCAGUGA